AUGAAUGGUAUAGGUCCUUCGGGAUCGCAGCAACAGGACAAGAAAUAUGUAACUCAACGCCGUACCGUGGAUAUGAGCUCUCCAUAUGACAGGUUGUACUUUUUGAAGAGACAUGGCCUGCCAAUUCCAUUCAUCGAACCUGAAACAACAUACACAACUUACGUGUUACCACCAGACGCCUAUGUACAUAACAGACGUGUGGUAAAUACACCUACCAAAUUCACACAUCUCAGUUCUAACAAAGUAAAGCAUGUCAUUCCGGCAAUUGAAUGGACACCCGAAGGUAGACGGCUUGUGGUUGCAACAUACAGUGGUGAGUUCUCGUUGUGGAACGGUUCAACUUUCAAUUUUGAGAGUAUUAUGCAAGCACAUGAUAGUGCAGUUGCCGCUAUGAAAUACUCUCAUGCUGGAGACUGGUUGAUUAGUGGAGAUUCCGAUGGAACUAUCAAAAUAUGGCAGCCGAACUUUAACAUGGUCAAAGUUCUUGAUGAGGCGCACACCCAAUGUAUACGUGACAUAUCAUUUAGUGUGACAGAUUCUAAAUUUGUGACUUGCUCUGAUGACAAUAUAUUGAAAAUCUGGAAUUUCAGUAAUGGUCAGCAGGAGCGGGUUCUAUCAGGCCAUCACUGGGAUGUGAGGAGCUGUGACUGGCAUCCUAGUAUGGGUUUAAUAGUCUCGGGUUCGAAAGAUAAUUUGAUUAAGCUGUGGGAUCCAAGAUCAGGACAAUGUGUCUCUACAAUUUUAGGUUGUAAGCAUACUGUAAUGAAGACAAAAUUCCAGCCAACAAAAGGAAACUUACUUGCGGCAAUUUCGAAAGACAAAAGCUGUAGAAUAUUUGAUAUACGACAAAAUAUGAAGGAACUAGCGGUUUUCCGCGAUGAAUCGGAUUAUAUGUCUCUCACGUGGCAUCCCAUUAAUGAAUCCACUUUCACCGUUGGCUGUUAUGAUGGCUCAAUGAAACAUUUUGAUCUUUUACAAGAUCCGCAGACCUCCUCUUCAGGGUGCUUCCACGAUAUACCGUAUGCACAUGAUAAAUGCAUAACGUCUCUUUCUUACAGUCCAGUCGGCCACAUCCUGGCCAGCGCUUCCAAAGAUCGAACAAUCAGAUUUUGGACUCGUUCAAGACCUGUUGAUCCUAACGCUUUCGAUGACCCCACAUACAACAAUAAAAAGGUAAACGCAUGGUAUUUCGGGAUUAAUAAUAACAUCAAUGCCAUUAGACCAAAGACCGAAGAUGGCAUCGCCUUGCCUCCGGCUACUUCCGACUCCACGACUUCAACUAACGCAUCGGGGCCUAACGUAAUACCGGGCCUUCCGGCCAAUCCAUCAGUAGGUGUAGGCCUGCCUGGUUUGAACUUUUAG